AUGAGUUGCUGCUACGCGUCCUGGGCAAAUGAUUCCGUAAACCUCCAGAAUGGUUCAAUGAUACAACAUAUAUCACUGAAUAUGUGUAGAAUCGAGCCAAAACGACCAGAACUGUGGUCCGAUUGCAUAAGAGAUAGCUAUCGCGGUGGGACGGAGCUUCAGACGGAUUGCAACGACCUGAGGGUCCCACCACAACUCCCCUCUAGCGCAGCCUCUUACGCAAUUACACAACGAUCCAUUAUUUUUAUUCAAAAACAUCUAUUCUGCUUUCAGUUUCUUGGAUUUGCGAACAUGAAAUAA